AUGUUGCUCGCAGUAUUUGAAGACAGUGUUAAGGAGAACGAGGGUACAACAUCGUAUCCGGCGGCGGUUCCGUAUGCGAGACGUGUUAGUGUUACCGGUGGUAUUGUUGUGGGCUGCAGUGGAAGCGCUUCCGCGCAACCGUCUUUUGCAAAUAGUGUACAAAAUGCUCAAAACAAUUUCUCUGCCGCAAUGGCACGCCAACAACAGCAAAUGCUCAAGCAGCAGGUACGCACUUUUGUUAUCACAUAG